UUAUAAAUUAAACUUUAUCAUAGGUAUGUAUGUCUAGGAAAAAACAGUAUAUAUAGGGUUUGUUGCUAUCCAUCAUUUCCGGCAUCCACUGAGGGCCCUGGAGUGUAUCCUCCAUGGAUAAGGCAGAACUACUGUAUAUAUACAUUCCUUAGAAUAAAAACUUACGUCAAUAAAUGUUAGAUGUUGUUAUUAGUUUAAACUUCCUAAUAGAGACAGAGGGGAUGGUGGUUGGUUGAAAACAGUGAUUCUUAGCUGGGGACAGUUUCCCCCCAGGGCAUAUCUGACAAUUCCUGGAAACAUUUUUGGCAGCCACAACAGAGAGAGGUGGGUUUCCUACUAGAUGCUACUGCAUCUAGUGGGUAGAGGUCAGGGACGCUGCUAAACAUCCUACCGUGCACAGGACAGUUUCCCCAACACAGAAUUAAUGGUCAAAAUGUGCACGGUGAGGUGAUGCAGUGGGAAGAGGGCAUGCGAAGGGAGGAAGAGGUCUGCUAGGAGGGAGAGAGGCUCCCCAAGGAUGGCUUUGGAUUUCAGGAAUGGCUGCCGUCAGGAGGGCCAGGUGUUUGGAUUUCAAAUACCUUGUGAUUGGUAUAGGGGUGGCUCACUGAAAGGGGCUCAUAAACAGCCCUGAAGGUCACCAGCAGAGGGAAAGUCAGCCGUAGGUCAAGCAAAGCAGAAGCAAGAGCUUCAGGGAUCACCAUGGAGCUUGGGGUUCUCCAUUAAGCAGGAAAGGGGGGCACUCAGCCCUGCUAGUGCCAGGCGUCCCUGCUGGUAGCUGGUGCAUUCAGACAGACAGACAGACACACAGAACAGACACAGGCGCGCACACACACACACACACACACACACACACACACACGUGCUGUUGAUGCUUAGAUCACACACACACUACGCACACAGCUUAUCUUCUUUCAGUGAAGAAAAGAGGUGAAUUUAAUCUACCAGUUGGCAGGGCAGUUAGCAAAUGAACUAGUCUUAUAAAUAUAUUAAGUAACUGUUGAUGCCUCUUGUUUCCUAAAAAUAUAGAUCUGUCUCUCUUUCUUGGUGCAUGUGUGUGGUGAGAGGCACCUGGCACCUUGGGAAGAGCUCAGGCCUGGCCUCCAGGGUGCUGGUCUUGGCCCUUCUGGAAAGUUCCGUGUGACCCUAUGCAAGUCUUUCCCCUCUCUGGAGCCCUGAGAAAAGAAGGAAGGCACGGCCCUGAGAGCUGUUAAGAACACGGGCUCCUCCAGACUCUGAGCGCCUCUGAAACCAGAAUGAGCAGCUAUAAGUUGGGGUACCCACAUCUCUUUGCUCCCUGAGAAUAAAAAUUCUAAUUGUAAGUCAGCUGGAAUUCAAACCAAGCCUAUGUAAAUAUUUCAAAACCAGAAAUUAAAAAUGGGACAACAGUGGUUUUGGACAAGUCUCUGAAUCCUGGGAUUCAAUCUCCCAUUACACAUAAUUGCAAAGAAACUAGCUGUUGCGCAGAAUUCAGUCAAGACACGUGUUUGCACAGGUCCCUCUCUCCCACACCCAUAUGCACACACGGGCUUGUACACGCCCCAGUGAGGCUGACCCUCCAGGAGGCCCUGGGGUGAGCGGACACCGGAAUGCGGCGUCAAGCCGAGAGCUUGAAAAGCAUGAGCACUUGUGGCCACUCUCACACUGUCCUGAGGGGCGGAUGUGGCCGUCACCAUUUCACAGGUGGAUCCUGCAAUGGACACCUCAUGAGGACAGAAGCCAGCACUGUGAUGUCACAGCUCAGCUGCGGCUUUGUGCUCCUGGAGCUGUCGAUGGGAAUGUAAAGUGGCUUCUGAGGACCGUCAGGAGAAUCAGAAGAGAAAGCUGCUGCCUUGACUGUUGCUGUGGCCAUCCAUCUUCUUCCUGCCUGGCCCACGUGGCCCUCAUCCUCCAGCGUAGCCUGAGGUGGUGAGGGGCAAUGCCGGAGGCCGUGGGCACAGGCCAGGAGGCUGGCCUGAACAAUACCGGUGACAAGGACAGGGACCUGCAGGUGCUGUUCCAGGAACUCUGCCAACUCCAGGCAAAACAGAGGAAGCUGAAGAGAGGUCAUAAGGUUUGUGAAAGCUAUCUGAUCAAGGUCUUGAGAAAGUCCCCAAGAGGCUACAACCAAGGGGAGGAGCCAGAGGAAGCCCCAGUGGGGGCCAUGGUGGGGCACUGUGGGAAGUUCUUCGCAGUCAGCCAGGACGUCCAGAAGCAUCUGGAGGCCUUCUUCAAGAUGAGCCAGGCCGUCCACCAAAGCCUGGAGUCUCUAGAGGGAGGCCACAGGGCUCUUAUCCCGAGCCUCAAGAUCCGGCUGUGCCAGCUGCAGAAGAAGUGUCACCGCAAGCAGGAGCAGUGGUGGCAGUUGGAACAUGGUGUCACCUGCCAGAAAGACACAGGCAGCUGGGAUGUGAGAAGUAAGGUUGCUGAUCACAACCCUGAAGGCCUGAAGUCCACAACUCUGGAGCUUCCCAAAAGCCGGCUGCUAAACUGCAUGCAGAUGGCCAUCAACAGCACGGCCCAGCAGUGCUGCGCCCCUGCCCACGGCGUGCCCAAGGGCACGGGUCUCUUCUCCAAGCUCGACCUCAGCCGGGAAUUUAUGUUGGACAAAAUGGAGACUGUGAGAUUCAUCUCACUGCUCAGGGGACCCAGAGUGUGCUGGACAGCAGACAACCCCAAGGACUGGGGCCUCAGAAGGUACCCCAGACCGUUCAGGAAACAUUCAAAGAGUCAAGAUUCGAUCCCCAGGACCCCCUUUCCUAGCACCCAGACUUCAGAGUGCUCCAGCCUGUGCUGACACAGCCCAGGGCCACCAGCCCUGCCAGCAUCACGA